CUAAUAAGGUCUAUACUCUAUAGUCGAUAGUAAUUUAGUAUCUUUUCCAUUCCUCUAUUUCAUGGAAUUACGGGCUCUACUUUAUUUAAAUUUUUUUUUUCUUUAUUUAGAGCUUAUAAGCUCUAAAUAUUUCUAGCGCAGAUAAAAGGAACAGUCAAUCUGUCAAUUUUCGUGGCGGCCAUUUUGACCUCGAUAAACGAAAAAUGGCAACGCACAUGUAGAAUACAAACAUUUGCCAUCGUGGAUUUCUUCUCGUGGAUUGGAUGUGUGUGUUUCAUAUUAAAAUUUUCUUUUAUAGUGCUCGUGCACGCAUUAGAACUUAGAAGCCCCACAAAAGCAUUCUACUGUAAAUUAGUGCACACCUGCACAGCACUACAGCCAGACCCCAGACGCCCAGACCUGUCAACCUACGUCAAUCCGAGCUCUGCAUCUGUUUCGAAACUACAGCUCCACCCAGCUCCUUUGAAAACUACAACAUAGCAACAAAACUGGCGUGAAAAUGCAGUUAUUUUUCUCUACCCAAUUCAAGCUUUCAUUUAUAGUGCAAUAUGUGAAUGUAGCUGAAUACCUUGGUGUUUCGCUGACACCAAUUCAGAGCAUUACUUGCCACCGUUUGACAAGGUUGCAAAAUGAAGUUGUCCCUGAUUUUCUCCUUCAUCUAUUGCUUGGCAGUCAUUUCCGUGGAAGCCCAGACAAAAACGACUCUCAAGUCAACAACGGCUAAGGGAACUGUUACGUCUACAAAGCCCAAAGUGACAACUUUGAAAACAACAGUAAAGGCCACAACACCAAAGACCACAACUCGUAAGGUAACAACACUAAAGGCAACAACAUUAAAAACGACAACUCGUAAGGCAAGUAGUUCAACAACGACCUUAAAGCAAACAACCCGCAAGACAAACGGUACGACCGCGACAACCAGAAAGCCUGUUAUUACCACAACAACUGCCUCGGCUGUUAAAUCCUAUAAAGUUUGUCGUGACACGACUUCAACAGCUACUAGUGGAUCCAUUCAACCCUUAGACGGGCUAACACCGGUGGCAACCGGACCGCCGAAGAUCUGCACUUUCACCAUCACCGCACCUACAGACCAGCAUGUUCAGAUGUCUUGCUCGCUCGCCAAUCUCACUGUUAUAACUAAUGUUUCCAAUGACACGUACUUUUACAUACUUUCAAGUUCAUUGAUCUUGGAAGGAAUUCUCGACAUUUAUCAUGAUAACGUAAUCGUACCAAACAGGGUUUAUACUUCGUACAACAAUACCAUGACUGUAACUUAUCGAGUGCUCAACGCAGCAGACACAUUCGAUUGCAAAUGGACAACAAUUCAGGCGUCCACGACCGAUUUCAAAUGGUGUCGAGAGAGUGAGACGUCUGCAGCCAAUGGAUCCAUUCAAACUCUGCGUGAAUCAUUAAAUGAAACAAUAAGAGAUAUGGAUGUUAGACUAUGUCCUUUCUUCAUAAAUUUACCACCCAAUGGCCAAGUCCAGAUGUCUUGCCCGUUCAAUGAUUCCUCUAUGAACUUUUUUCUACUCACAUUCAGAACCGUCAGUGAUUUGUUUUCCUUUCGCACUAAAUUCAACAAGCCAACAACAGAUCUAAAUCGAGUAGAUCUAGUAUCGAGGCAUCAAGUUACCAAUACAGAUACUCCAAUGACUUGUAACUGGACCACGGCAGCAUCCACGACGGCGACUAAAGAUUUCAACUAUUGCGUUAACGUACAAUCAACGACCACAAACGGAACCAUUACAUCAAUAGCUAAUACGACUGAUACAAACAUCACUUGUUUGUUCUCCGUUUUCGCUUCCCUUGGUCAGCGCAUCCAGAUAUCUUGCAGAAAUCUCAACUUAUUAAGUGAUAACAGUUUACUGAUACUAUCCGAAAACGGCGAAAUAGUUGGACAGCCAUCCUUGAACAAUGUUUACACGUCGAUAAGCAAUCGAAUGGAUGUUAUAUCUACUUUAAGCAAAGGUGAUUCGUUUCAAUGUAACUGGACGACGGUAACAAUCCCACCAACGACGGAUUUCAAACUAUGCCGAGAUGGAAAGGCAACAGUAGCCCCUGGAACAAUUACACUUUUUAGUAAUACAACAGUUGGAGGAUACCCUAGUAUCUGUCGCUUUACCAUCAUCGCGCCCUUCAACAAACGAGUUAAAUUUUCUUGCCCGGUCAUCACCGUUCUUCAGAUUUUAUUGUUUGAAUACGACGAUACGACGACCUUCGCCUCGCUUAUCGCUACCCCAGCUGUCGUCAACAAGGUUUACACAUCAACCGGAAAUGAAAUGAACCUGUUAUGGCAAAAAGAUAAUGGCUCAUUUGCGUUGAAUUGCACUUGGGCGUUCGUGUAAGUACGUUUGUAUAACGGCCCUGAAAUGUGUCUCCUUCAAUAAUCGUUGGAAAUGAAUGACGGGAAAAACCUUAGAUAAGAUUUAUUAUCAAAGUAAAAAAUUACGACUAUUCCGUGAAAUGUAAUACCUUGCAGGCCGUACUGAUUGAUUUGCACCCAACAUUUUUUCCAUUUUAUAAUCUUCAAUUUUAAUUUCGUAUUCUUGGUAUAAGGUAUUAUUUGCCUAUUUCAGAAGUGUAAGCUACCCUCUAUAAUCCUGUGUGGGGUCCAGUACGCUUAUUUUUAUGAGCAACAACUUUUGUUUUUAUUUUAGAUGUUCUUUCUCUCCAGUAGCUAGCUACAUGCACCUAAAAUUAUGCUGUAACACAAGUAUGGAAAUAUGUAACAAUCAAUUGCAAAUAAUACAAGUCAAGCAAAAUCUAA